AUGAAACCCGCACAACGGGGUCGAGUUUUGACUUCGGUCUUUCUUUGAAAAGCGAAUCGCGAACUAUUGAUAAGUGAUUUGGAAAUGUUUUUGAGCAUGUUAAAGUUAACAAGAAACAUUCAUAUUUUUGCAACUGAUGCCUAUUGCAUUAUGCUUUACAAUGCAUUAGAAUUUAUAGAAAAAUAAGAUAAAAUAUUAUUUAUUUAAAACUAUAACAAAUAUUUCUAACUUUGGAAUCAUAAAUAUUAUUUCUUAACAUUAUAUUAUGUCAUUUCGAUUCGCGGCUAAAUUAAAAGUUUAAAAAUUUAUGAAGAAUUUUAAAACAAGUUUAAAAUUAGAGUAAUGAGAUAAAGUUAUGUUCUACAUACCUGAACGAACUUAUCAUUCUAUCUUGAAAUUAAGUAAAGAGCUUAAGAAUGUUUCGCUAGAUUAUUUGCACAUGAAUGAGGGUAUGAUGCACAAUACAAUACGCAUGUUUAAAUCCAGAAAUGUUGCUUAACAUUUAAAACUUUAUUUAUUAUUUUUUUUAUUUCAUUGGUAUAAGACUAUCAAACCAUUAUUUGUAGAUUAAAAUUGUGCUAAGUAUAUUAUAUGCAUUCAAUAAACAUUAUGUAUUUUUGGAGAAAAACUAAUUCCAUGAUGAAUUUAUUUGUAAUUAUUCAAAUUCAAAGCAUUUGAAACCUUAAGAUUGGCUCGCUAAUGACGCACCGGUAUUAAUUAAAUUUAUCUAUACGAAAAAACAUUUAGAUUAACGAAUGUCUAGAAACGAAACUUGAUAAAUGAUAAAGACAGAUUUAUUGCGAGUAUGCCAAUACAAUGGCAUAAAAAAAUUGAAAUAUUAUGCUAAAAUUAAUAAAUAAUUGAAAUAAAUUAUCAUGGAGGAUUUCAUGGAGAUGAAUGAGACAGUAUCUGUUCAGAAUGCAACAGAGGAAGUUCCAGAACGUAAUGUAUUUAUUCUACCGUGGUGGCAGCAAUUAGUCUGGACUCUAAUAUUCGGAAGCAUGAUAUUUGUUGCUACAGGUGGUAAUGUGAUAGUCAUGUGGAUCGUCCUAGCUCAUAAGCGCAUGAGAAGCGUCACGAACUAUUUCUUAGUCAACUUGAGUUUUGCUGACACAAUGGUAUCCACGUUGAAUGUCAUCUUCAACUUUAUCUACAUGCUAGAUGGAGACUGGCCAUUCGGAGAGGCUUACUGCAAAAUAUCUAAUUUCAUCGCCAUAGUGUCCGUUGCGGCAUCUGUUUUCACUCUGAUGGCCAUAUCUAUAGACAGAUACAUGGCAAUUAUGCAUCCUCUGAAGCCAAGGAUGUCAAGAGCAACAACCCUAAACAUCACUGUCUGGAUAUGGAUUUUGAGUGUGAUUCUCUCCUUUCCGAAUCUCCUCUACUCCGUCACUCGAAUCGAGACUUUCGUAAAUGGAGACCAUCGAGUGAUAUGCUACAUGGAAUGGCCAGAUGGACCUUCCACUCAAAGUGACGACGAAUACAUAUACAACGUCGUCAUCCUGGUCGUGACUUACGUCUUGCCCAUCUCCUCCAUGACGUUCACUUAUUUCCGAGUAGGACGUGAACUGUGGGGAAGUCAGAGCAUCGGCGAAUGCACCCAGAAGCAGAUUGAAAGCGUCAAGUCCAAGAGGAAGAUAGUGAAAAUGAUGAUUGUUGUGGUUGUAAUAUUUGCCGUCUGUUGGUUACCUUACCACGUCUACUUCUUAUUGGCACAUCACAUCCCGUGGAUAAUAACAUUUUCGCAUGUUCAACACACUUAUUUGUCCAUUUAUUGGUUAGCAAUGUCCAAUUCCAUGUAUAACCCGAUAAUAUAUUGUUGGAUGAAUAGCAGAUUUCGCCAUGGAUUUAAAAAGGUGUUCUGCUGCUGCAAAUGGAAGGAAGAGCACGUGAAUCCCUUUGAAAAGAGAAAUUUUGCAACAGUGCGUCACAGUUACUCAGAGCCCUACACCGAUACCCGUGUCACAAUUAACGGUAGCGCAAAUUUGGCUUUGCACACUGUUACAGAAUCCCUGAACGGAAGUCACACCUCGAGCACACCCUUCCUCACCCCCAGAACCCCGAGAACGGACAGAUUCUCGAAUGUCUAAAGCGCGAUUGUAAUCGAUCGUCAUAUUUCAUCCCUAGUAAUAAUACAGACUCACUAUUUGAUUUAUUCAUUCUAUUUGAAUGCCUGUAUAUUUAUUUAUCGCCGAAAAUUUAUAUUCUAAGCUGUACAUAAAACUGUAUUUAUAACUGUAACGUCACCAGAAAGUAUGGAUGUAAGUGAGAUUCUAUGAAAAGGGGAAGUUGUAUAAAAACAGCCAUUUUGAUUGUGAUAGAUUUAUGUCGUAUCCUGCGUCGCAAAGUUAUAGACAUAAAUAAACCACAUCUAAACUAAAUUAUAUUCGUCGCACUCUUUCAAUUUGGUUUAAUGUGGAUAAUUUAUUUUUAGUGCUUAGUGUAAAAAUAAUAUAUGUUCUAGAUAAAUAAAACUAACAACAUAGUUUUCACAAUGUAUGUAAUAUUUCAGAUUAUAAAAGACAUUUAUGACUGUAGUAUUAAUAUCUUAACACGGUUCAAAUGCUUUGAUUAUACUGAAAAGAUAUAUUCGGGAGACAAGAGAAUAAUGUCAUUUCUAUGUGCCAAGAUAAUGUUUUUAUUAUUUUUUAGCUCAUUCUGUGCUUUGAAAUCGUACAAUAAACAUUUUAAGGUAAAAGAAAGUUCUAUGUAUUUAUAUAAAUAAUAAGGAACUCUAUUUUCUUUCUCAACUUUAUUUCUUUUUCAUUAAAAUUUUAGAUGAACUGAGCUACAAGGCACCUAAAUAGGUACUAUGAGGCAAAAAACGAUAUCACAGGGAUUAACUUUUACUCUAUAUAAUGGAUUUUCACGUUAAAUUUCAACUUUAAAGCUUUUUACAGUUAACUUCAAAUAUCAUGAUUAAUUAUUGAUAAUUUUUAGUUAAAGGACGAAACAAAAAAUACUUUCCCUAAAUAAACAUACAUUUUUUUAAUCGAUUUGUGUUUUUGAUUAUCAAAGUGGCGGUGGGGGAGUAGCCUCUAUAUUUCAAACAAAGUUUCAAUAAUUACGCCAGUUACGGUUGAAAACGUUGACCCCUUAUUGUUAAUUUAAAUAUUUACUUAUUUCAACGUUUGAGAGCAUCAAAAACUUUUUGAAUUUAAGUAU